GCCCACGGUGACGUCACCCGAGUCCUCCCAAUGCGGGGGCUUUGUGGAUGGACGGGCACUGGCUGCUGUGCUGUGGACUGGAACGUGCCUCUGUCCCGUGAGUGUUGUGACAGUGACACACGAACCGAACGGCGACGCGAUGAAAGCGUGAGGCGGCGCGUGUUUACACAGACGCUGCAUUCAAAGAGCAGCAGAAAUCAUAAAAGAGGGAUCCAUCAAGGGACAUGCGAGCAUGCACGGGUCUGUGUGUGAGUGAGUGAGUGAGUGAGUGAGUGUAAAGAUAUUUGAACAGUGACGAGCUGUGGAGGACACUGAGUCUGUUGUCAUUGUUGCACAUGUUUGCUCAAAUGGAAUAAUUGUGGAUUUUCAUCAAAGGAUUAACUGAGAAACUCACACCAUCAUCGUUCUCCAUGGUGCAUGUAAGCAGAGCGAUGGACGGGAUCGGGAACACUAUGCAGAAAAAGGCUGCAGAGCUGGAGCGGCUGGCUGAGGUGCUCAUCACCGGAGAACAGCUCAGGCUGCGACUCCAUGAGGGAAAGGUGAUCAAGGAUCGGCGGCACCACCUGCGAACUUACCCAAACUGCUUUGUGGCCAAGGAGCUCAUUGACUGGUUGAUUGAACAUAAGGAGGCGUCAGAUCGAGACACGGCGAUCAGGAUGAUGCAGAAGCUUUUAGACCAGAGCAUCAUUCACCAUGUGUGUGACGAGCACCGGGAGUUCAAAGACAUGAAGCUGUUUUACCGCUUCCGCAAGGACGAUGGCACUUUCCCGCUGGACAGUGAAGCCAAGGUCUUCAUGAGGGGCCAGAGGAUAUAUGAGAAGCUGAUGAACACAGAGAGUAACCUCUUACAGAGCAGGGAGGAGGAGGGCGGGACCUUUGAGCGCACGCUGGUGGCCUCGGAGUUCAUCGACUGGUUGCUGCAGGAGGGGGAGAUGGCGACCAGGGAGGAGGCAGAGCAGCUCGGACGAAGGCUUCUCGAACACGGCAUCAUUCAGCAUGUCACCAACAAGCAUCACUUUGUCGACGGGUCCCUCCUCUUCCAGUUCAGAAUGAACUUUCGGAGACGACGGCGACUCAUUGAGCUUAUUUACGAGCGCGGCCGCUGCAUCCUCGAGAACCACGACAGCCCCUUCUGUCUCCGCAAGCAGAACUCAGAUGGAGGCAACACCAGCUUCCUCUCAGUGAGUCCCACUAAAGAGAUCAGGGUGGUGGUCGGAGUUCGUCGCAGCAGCAUGAGCAGCAGUUGUGGCAGCAGCGGCUAUUACAGCAGCAGUCCUACACUCAGCAGCAGCCCACCUGUCCUCUGCAACCCCAAAUCUGUUCUGAAGAGACAAGUGAGUCCAGAGGAGCUGCAGACACCGGGGGGACCUUUUAUGAAGAAGACAUUCACAAUUGUAGGCGAUGCUGUUGGCUGGGGUUUUGUGGUGCGAGGCAGCAAACCUUGUCAUAUCCAGGCUGUGGAUCCUGGCGGACCUGCAGCUGCUGCUGGUAUGAAGGUGUGUCAGUUUGUGGUGUCGGUGAACGGACUGAGUGUCCUCUCUCACGACUACCGGACCGUCAGCAACCUGAUCCUCACUGGACCCAGAACAAUCGUCAUGGAAGUGAUGGAGGAGGUAUAAGAGGAGCUGUGUUUUUAUAAUGAUGUGGUCACUGCAGGGUUCACUGCUUGACGUCAGCACCACACAGACGGAGAACUGUAGACGACUUGAAAUGCAACUCACUCUCUCUCUGUUUGGACAAGGUGGAUGCUCCCGUAUGUGGGAUGAUUCCACUAGAUUCCACCAGUUGGUAAAUCAUGAAGGUCGGUCCACUUUAUUAGACGCACACGCACGACAGAAUGCAAGAACCACAACUUCCAGCAGCUUCAUUGUUACUUACAGUUCCAUUGAAGAGGUCUGAGAGUUUUCAUGCUCGGUAGGGAAAACAGAAUUCCCUGUUUUUGUUCAGGAUCUCAACUCCGACUCAACUUUUGCUAAACAUGUCAAAUGACAU